AGUAACCUCCAGGAAGUAAUUCCCGUUAUCCCUAAGGAUUGGACUUUGGUGCUUAUGGGGAAGUCCAGAGGACAAAAAGGGGGAAGGAGAAGGAGGAAGAAGCCCCCGAGAGAAGAAAAGAACCUUCCAGUUCCUCAUUCUUACCCUACUAAGAGUAAAGGGACCAUAAAGAUAAGAGGGAAUUACUCCAUGGAGAUAAAGCUGGAGUUCCGUUGCUCUUUCUCCUUGGGGUUGGAGGAGAUCCAGGUGGGGAUGGAGGAGCCGGGGCUCUAAAGGUUCACCUUGGAGAAGGGAACACGUGGUGGAGGUUACUCCAAAGGCUUUACAAGAGGUAGUAGAAGUGCUUUAGGAGCGAGAAGUGCUCCUUGGUUGAACCUCCAGGUAGUAAACGUAGGAGUAUGAGCAGCUUCUGAGGAGCCUUAGAGUAAGGCAUGGAGUUGGUUUGAAAUCCAAAUCCAUGGUCCCUCUAACACCCAACACUUGGAAUCAUGGAAUGGUUUGGGACUGGCUCAUCCCAUUCCAACCCCAAGCCCUGAGUAGGGCCACCCUCUACUACGGGUUGCUGCAAGCCCUGUCCCACCUGCUCCUGUGAGUAUAGAAGGUGUGACAUGCCUGUAGUAACCAAACUCUGCUCUCCCUUAUGGAACCACCUUCUACUAUGGGUUGCUCCAAGUCCCGUCCAACCUGCUCCUGUGAGUAUUUGAGGUGUAACAUGUGCGUAGUAACCAAAAUCUGCUCUCCCUUAUGGAACCACCUUCUACUAUGGGUUGCUUCAAGCCCCAUCCAACCUGCUCCUGUGAGUAUUUAAGGUGUAACAUGCAUGUAGUAACCAAACUCUGCUCUCCCUUAUGGAACCACCUUCUACUAUGGGUUGCUCCAAGCCCCGUCCAACCUGCUCCUGUGAGUAUUUAAGGUGUAACAUGCAUGUAGUAACCAAACUCUGCUCUCCCUUGGUUGCUCCAAGCCCCGUCCCACCUGUUCCUGUGAGUAUUUAAGGUGUAACAUACGUGUAGUAACCAAACUCUGCUCUCCCUUGGUUGCUCCAAGCCCUGUCCAACCUGCUCCUGUGAGUAGAGAAGGUGUAACAUGCCCGUAGUAACCAAACUAUGCUCUCCCUUGGUUACUCCAAGCCCCAUCCAACCUGCUCCUGUGAGUAUUUAAGGUGUAACAUGCCCGUAGUAACCAAACUCUACUCUCCCUUAUGGAACCACAACCUAAAGGUAACCCCGUCCUCUGGCCUCACCUAAGAGGACACUACUCAUGGAAUAAAGCUCCUUGUAGGAGCACAAAGCAGAUUCUUGCCGCAAUGAGGCUGCUUUAGACACAUUCAACCCUCCUUUACUACAGUAGUAACCUUAUUGUAGGCGAAGGAGUUGCCAAAGAGCUUGGGAAACCUCCAACUGGCCUUGAGGGAGCUCCAUGAGGUCUCAUCCCAUCCUUUGUGGUUCCUCCUCCUCCAAGUCCCUCUUUGGAAGCCAACGGAGAUGUUGGGACCUUCCCAAGCUUCUCCUUGGGUGGCUUCUCCAGGACUUCUUCUCCUCUUCCAGCUUUUCCUACAUGGAUAACCAAGCAUUUGAACUCCAUGGAGAGAGCUUUCCACCAGGAAAAGAAGGACCAAAGAAGGAGGCCAAAAAGAGCAACAGGUCCCUCAUGAAGAUCUUCUUGGCUUGUCUCCUGGCUUGUGGCAUCACCACAGUGUUGGGAGUCCUCACCUUGGCCUUGGUCUCCAACGAUGCCUCCAAGAGGGAUCCGGAUGGUGGGAAUGUUGGAAUGUCUCCUUCACCCUCCCAUGGGAGAAGGUUGGAUGUGAAAUUCCAGUUCCUGAAUCAUCUGAAGAAGUCCAAGGUUUAUACUUAUCCAGGGGGACAAAUCCAAUGGGCACGAUUCCGGAAGGAGCUGCUGGACUAUGGAAGCGAAGAAGAAGUGGAAUUUGGGAGAAGCCUCAACAUCCAUCGCUCCCAAAUGACUUUUGGGACCUUGAGGAUCAAGAGCAAAGGGCUACGAGCUCCUCACUGGCAUUUCAACGCCAACGAACACGGCUACUUACAACAGGGUUCUGCCUGGGUUGGAGUGAUGGGAGCAGAUGACAACGUGGUCACCACCUACAACGUGACGGCCGGCCAAGUGGUCUUCUUCCCUCGUAACACCAUCCAUUGGCUGAAGAAUGUGGGAGAAGAAGACUGCGUGUUCCUCCUCUUCUUCAGCACCCACGAGGAGCUGCAGACCUUGGACAUGGACGAUGUCUUCUUCUGGACCCCUGAAGAUGUAGCAGCCAGAGCUUUGAAGCCUCCAGGUGGGGUGAACUUCAUCAGGACCUUCCAGAAGCAAGCAGAGGACCAAGCCAUCAACCUGCCCCCUAACUUAGAGGACCUCGUCCAAAAUGCCACCUAUGGACAGUCUCCAGAUCAUUUGGUCUGGAGAUACUUCUACAACCUCAAAGGAUCAGCAGAAGACCCUUUUCCAGGAGGAAGCUUCCAAUGGGCUCGGUACCGCAGAGAUGCCACCAGCUUGAAUGGAAACGAGAAGAUCUUCAGCGAGUCCCUCCACAAGCUGGAAACUCUUCGGAUGAGCAGCUACUUCCAAGGAACAGCCGAUCACAUCCUUGCCCAGUUGUUCUUCAAGGCCCAAGCUGAGAUCAAGAUGUUCUCCAGAACUUCCCAGCCGUGAAGGACAUCACCUCCGCUUGCAAUUCCUGAAGGAUUCCAGCUUUUCCUCCCUCUGCAUCCAGCACCAGAGCAGAAAACAGGGAUUUUCCAGGAAUUCCUAAUGGGUUUUCUAGUUGUAGUCCUCAUCCGGUGUCAUUUGAGGAGCUAUUAAAGGAAUUCCCACCA